CGCCCCUCGGGGCUCCCGGAACUCGCUGCGCUCGUCUUUUGGGAGGCGCGGUUGCCUGAGCUUGCAGCCGGGAGGCCCUGGGUGCUGUCUCUCUGUACUUCCAUCCUCAACAGCUUUGGCGGCGGAGUCUCUGCUGGUGACCGGACUCCCAGACCCUGCUAAACAUUUAUCGUUUGGAAAUUUAAAGUAUGUCAUCAUGGCAAAGUUUCGAAGAAGGACUUGCAUCAUUUUGUCACUUUUUAUUCUAUUUAUUUUCUCUCUGAUGAUGGGUUUAAAAAUGCUGAGACCAAAUAAAGCUGCUUUUGGAGAUCCUUUUGGACUUGACCUUCUUCCAGAAGUUCGUCAGCGAACUCCUCACUUGGUGAAAACUGUUGAUUCCCAAAAGAGUGACAAAAUCAACAGUGAAACAAAUAUCAAGAAUUUAAAAAGUGUUGAAAUUUCUGUGAAACCUUCCAAAGCCUCUGAACCUUACCUGGAAGAACUGCCACCUUUGAAUUAUUAUUUACAUAUAUUUUAUUACAGUUGGUAUGGGAAUCCACAAUUUGAUGGUAAAUAUAUACAUUGGAACCAUCCAAUUCUGAAGCAUUGGAACCCUAGAAUAACCAAGGAUUAUCCACAAGGGAAGCACAACCCCCCAGAUGACAUUGGCUCCAGUUUUUACCCUGAGUUGGGAAGUUAUAGCUCUCGGGAUCCUUCUGUCAUUGAAACUCACAUGAAACAAAUGUACUCAGCUUCAAUUGGUGUGCUAGCCCUUUCUUGGUACCCACCUGAUUCAAGUGAUGAGAAUGGAGCACCUACUGAUGACUUGGUUCCAGCUAUUUUGGACAAAGCUCAUAAAUAUAAUCUGAAGGUCACUUUUCACAUCGAACCAUAUAAAAAUCGAGAUGAUCAAAACAUGUACAAAAAUGUGAAAUAUAUUAUAGACAAAUAUGGAAAUCAUCCAGCCUUUUACAGGUACAAGACUCAGACCGGCAAUGCUCUUCCUAUGUUUUAUGUCUAUGAUUCCUAUAUUACAAAGCCUGAACAAUGGGCCAAUCUGUUAACUAUCUCAGGGUCUCGGAGCAUUCGCAAUUCUCCUUACGAUGGAUUGUUUAUUGCACUUCUAGUAGAAGAUAAACAUAAAUAUGAUAUCCUUCAAAGUGGCUUUGAUGGAAUUUACACAUAUUUUGCCACAAAUGGCUUUACUUAUGGCUCAUCGUAUGAGAACUGGGCUAAGCUAAAAUUAUUUUGUGAUCACUUCAAACUAAUAUUUAUCCCAAGUGUGGGACCAGGAUACAUAGACACCAGCAUCCGCCCAUGGAACACUCAGAACACUCGGAACCGUGUCAAUGGGAAGUACUAUGAAACCGCUAUGAGUGCUGCACUCCAAGCCCACCCCAGUGUAAUUUCUAUCACCUCCUUUAAUGAGUGGCAUGAAGGAACUCAAAUUGAAAAAGCUGUUCCCAAAAGGACCAGUAAUACAGUGUACCUGGAUUACCGGCCUCAUAAACCAAGUCUUUAUCUAGAGCUAACUCGCAAGUGGUCUGAAAAAUACAGUAAGGAAAGAGCAACUUACGCAUUAGAUCACCAGCUGCCUAUUUCUUAAUGCAUUGAUUAAAGUUUAAUUACAGAAAUCACCUAAUUUCAACAAAUGCCUUUUGUUUUUAGUUAUGGAAAGAAAAUGUCAAAAUCAGUAUGCAUUGUUACUAUUAUCUUUAAUAAAAAUAAUUUGUACUUUUUUAAAGGUAGUAAUGUUCUCAUUGCCACCCUUCACAAUGCUGCACUGAGAAAAUACUUGAGAGAAAAUUGUUCAAAAAACAUUCCCUGUGUCAUCAUUUGCUAAAUUUCUGACUGAAAUUGAAAUCCUGCUUUCAUGGCAAUUUAAUUUUUUAUUUCACAAUAGAUAAAUACUUGUUACAUAAAGUAGUUAGAACACAGUUAAGUUCUACUUGUACUUUGGGCCCAAAGAAAUAUUUGGUAUGUGUAUUUGGUAUGUCUGUUGAAGAAAAAAGACCUAAAAGAUAGUGUACAGGUUUUAUCUAAGUUUUCUUCAAUGAGUCAAUCAAUGUUAUUGUAUCGGUGUUUAGAUUCUGGAUAACUCGCUAAUAAUAAUUCUUAA